AUGCCCACAGUGCCAUUUGGGGGCACUUCGUCCAAGCCGGCAUCAAGUGACGAGAAAAUUGCUGCCCGUGCAUUUUGUGGUGCCCUUCUUUGGCCUCCCAGUGUCGACCGCAUUGAGCAGUUUGCUGAUCAAGCUCCGUCGGUCAUACCAGGGCCAUUGGCCACGGCACUCCGGCGACGUCGGGCAGAGGUGCUGGCAUUUCGAUGCUUCUUGCUCCUGCUCCGUGCUAAAGAGGACAGCUCCUUUCAAGAUGCAUACACAAGCGUGCUUCUGAGACUGCGUUCCUUUGGCUUUGUGGUGCGCGACAGUGCCCUCUUAAAGGACGAGGUCGCAAGCAUUUCACGUUUGCUCGUGUUGGUGCAGCCGCCAGGGCCGCUUUCCCUUGUACAGCUAGCGGCAGUGAUCAAGGAGCUAGACACGAUGCAGGUGGCCGUUCGCUUGCAGCCGCAUUUGCCACUUCAACAGUUCCUGAAUGACGAGGAUACCCGGCAGUUGUGCAUACGACACUGGUGUCAAAGUCACGUGGAAUGCUGCCGCUUCUUCCCGCACUUCUUCCAAUCACACACUCGCUUGGUGGUUCUUCCAGCAGUGUCAGCAGACGAGGUUGAGAAGCUUUGCAGCAAUGUUUUGUUGCACGGUUUUGCUGUCUUGGCCAUUGCCCAUCCCGUCACGGACAAAGUGCUGAAGACGGAUGCUGCGCUUUUGCUGCGGGGCAUUGGACUGGUUCCGGCCAUGGAAGAUGGACAGGCUUCAGGUAGCUCAUGCAGCUUGGGUUUCCCUCCAGGGAGCAAGUCGUUCCGAUCUGUCUCAGCUGCGAUCGAAGCCAAAGGUUUGCCCUCGAGCCUGCUGUCAGUCCUGGGACCACCGCCAAUUCCUGUCAAGCCGAAGGCAGUGACGCCGGCUAUUGUCAAGAAGACAGGUACAGUGCCGCCCUUGGUGCCCAUUGCUCCAUUGCCGCCACCCUUGCCAACAGCAGCGAAGGCGGACGGUGCCUCGUUCGCACCGCUGCUGCCAGCUGUGCCUUGGCCGUCGCCAAGAGCACCCCCACCAGCGCCGAAGGAGGAACAGGUGAAGAAAGCAGACAUGAGCCACAUCGCCACUGGUUCACCUGAAGACUGGAUCGAAUUCCGAGACUUCAGGACAGCGAAAGCCUAUUUUUACAAUCCAGUGACCAAAGACUCGUCCUGGACACGGCCAUUGCCUAAGCCACCACCUCCGCCUCCUGCACCACCGGGCAAGCCUUCGCAAGAAGUAUCGUUGCUUAAAGCUGGACUGAUUCCUGGCACCAAAGAUCCAGAGGACUGGACCCAUUGA